CCUUUAUUUAAAAUGAUUAGUAAUUUUUGAUAUAAUAAUAGUAUCCGUCGUCGUCAGAGCUGCGUUCCUGCACCACUUGUUUUUCUUCGGUUUUGUAGCUAGGGUAGUAUCUGUUGUUUGAGCUAGUCGAGUAAGCGAAACUGUAUCCCUUGUACUCUUCCUUGGACUCGUCCUUUUUCUGCUGAGCGGCUUCAGCUUUAACAGGCUGCACCUUCACACUCAGCAUUUCCUUGGGCUUCUCCUCCUGUUUUUCCUUUUUCUUCUGCUCCUGCUGGGAUUUGAAAUAGAAGUCCCUGAAAGCCUCAAAGAUGGCUUUUUCAUUUUUAUUCUGCUCAUCGUCAACUUCGGCCGAAGAUUUCUUGGAAUUCUCUCUCACUUGUUCUUCAUCGUCAGACUCCUUUUUGCUAGGGAAGUUGACUUGAUAUUUUGGUUGCUCUUCUUUUUUAUCUUCACCCUGAGCUUGGCCGUUUCGGAAGCCAAAUUCGCCGUAGCCAAAGCCCUUGAAGAAACCGUGCUGUCGCGACUCGGCCAAUGCCAAGUCCUCUUGAGCAUGACUCAGACCAAUGGCCUGCAAAAGAAACGAAAUGAUAACGUGACCUCUCUGUAAUUAAAAAAGAGGACAUUAACAAUAAAAAACUUCGCACUGGAAAUGUUUUAGGGAAGUCUUGUCCGAUAAGAACAGAGGCCAUUAAAAAAACAGGUCAAAGCGGGAUUUUUUUUCAAAGGGACAACAAAAUAAAUAAUCAACUGUUGAUUGAAACAUUUAUUUGCAACUGAAAUGUAAUAAUUGAUACUUACCAGGAGAGUGAUGAGAAGUGCUGGCAGAUGCAUGGUGAUCGCUGUGAUCAAGUUUAAUGUGUUUAAAACUUUGCUUCUCUUUUAUAAGUGCUCCUCCUUCUGCUCUGCCAGAAGAGCGCAGCUGCAUCACCUCCUCCGGUGCACUUUCCAUCUCGAAUUUCGAUGCAUUACCAAUGCAUUACUUUUAGUUUAAAUGAUGCCUCAAUGCUAUGUGGGGAUUAAUUGGCAUUGAAAUGAAGAGCGAAAAUUCCAAAUUUAUUAACUCUUCUGUCGUUACUACCUCGGUAGAAAUCGACUUUCUUUCAAUGAACAGGAAAAAUUUGAUCAAAUUCUUACGCGUAUAGGCAGAGCAAUUUUUUAACUCGGCCCUCGCAUUGAACCGGUUUAAGCACUUUCGACUGUUGACACUACUAAUGACGUUGCCCGUGCGCAUAUGUACCGCGUCUGUGAGUGUGAAUCUAUUUUUAUUUUCCAGAGAAAGUUACAAUGCUCGCAUUUACGUUCAAUUAAUUUGCUUAAUUUAAUUUAUUAGUUAUUUUUUUAGAAUUUUGUAAAAUUUUAAAAAUUAAAAUAUCAUGCAUGUGUUGCAAUAAUUGUUGGAGCGCAAUUAAAAGUUGUCUCGGAAAAAGGAGAAGGUUCCACCUUUUCCUUGACGUUCUUUUUUGAUAACGCUGCUGGACAGCCGCGACACUUGGUAUCAAAAGCUCAAUUUUGUUGCGUGUUUGCCUGAUACGAGUCAGUAUUUAAACCCGGUUGCCCGACAACAGGUUGAAUAAUCAGCCAAAAUGUCCAGAGGAAGAAGGUUCUCGACACUUUUGUGUCUCCUGUUGGGAGUUACUGGUGGUACGCUGGCCAGACCAGGGACAAAAGAGGUAUUUCCAGUGGUCCUCAUGUCCCGCGAUGAGCCAUCCGUGGCCAAAGUACCUGAAGCUUUGCCGUCUACAACCGAAGCUGGAAAGGCAACCGUUCAAGACGGAAAAAUUUACCCUCUCUACCCAGGCGGUGGUGGAUAUCCGGGAUUAGGCGGUGGUGGCUACCCUGUUCCUCUACCGGGAGUUGGUUACCCAGGAGCUGGAUAUCCUGGAGGUGGUUAUCCUGGAGGUGGUUAUCCGGGUGGUUAUCCUGGGGCUGGAUAUCCAGGGGCUGGUUAUCCAGGCGCUGGAUAUCCAGGAGGUGGUUACCCAGGAGGCGGUUAUCCGGGAGGCUAUCCAUACCCUGGAGGCUAUCCGUACCCAGGAGGCAUUCCUCCGAUUGCUCCGCAGUAUCCUUACAGCCCUUAUUAUGCGCCUUACAACCCUUACUGGGGCAGAAACAAGCCGGCUGGCGGAUCGCCAGGUCAAGUUCAACAGAGUCCUCCUGAACCUGUGCCCAAUGAGCAGCCGAAACCAGUUAGACGAUAAUUGUAUUUUAAGAAAGCACAUUUUUUGACAAGAUUGAUGCACCUUCAUUUUUUCCUCAUUUAUAUUUUAUUAAAUAAUUACUAUAUUAUAUUAUGCAUCUGUAACAAAGUGUAUUUUUGUUUUAAUUUAACAAUAAAUUAGCUCGUCAAAUCUGACGAGUAUUUUCUUCGUUUGA